AUGCACCGGGUCGUCUCCCCCGAGCUCCGCGCGCGCCCCAUCCGUGGCCGCCCCGACCCCGUCACCGGAGGCCACCUCGCUGGUCCGCCAGCGCCGUCGUCCUCCCCUGCGUCGUCGUCGUCGCCAUGUCGCCCAUGCCGCUGCCCGACGCCGCAAGACACCGCCGCCACCCAAGGACCGCUCCGCCGCCUCGACAACACCGCCUCGCCGGACCGCCUCCCCAACGUCGUCGCCGACCCCGACCUUCAUCGAGCCCAUGGCCCCGUCCCCUACACUCCCUCGGUGAGGCCCCGGCCUCCUCUUCUCCCUCCCGGCACCGUCCCAUCGCGCCCGCCCCCGCGCCACCCCGGCGCCUCACCGGCGCCGCACUUCCCGGCCUCCUCCCUCUCCUUCAUGCACCGGGUCGUCUCCCCCGAGCUCCGCGCGCGCCCCAUCCGUGGCCGCCCCGACCCCGUCACCGGAGGCCACCUCGCUGGUCCGCCAGCGCCGUCGUCCUCCCCUGCGUCGUCGUCGUCGCCACGUCGCCCAUGCCGCCGUCCGACGCCGCAAGACACCGCCGCCACCCAAGGACCGCUCCGCCGCCUCGACAACGCCGCCUCGCCGAACCGCCUCCCCAACGUCGCCGCCGACCCCGACCUUCAUCGAGCCCAUGGCCCCGUCCCCUACACUCCCUCGGCCACAGUGGAAAAGAGCCCUCAAAGUGAAGCUGCGAUGUCGACAGUGCUUACUGUGGCGGCUGUUGCGGCGCUAGGGGAGACCGACCAGGUGGUGACCCCGUGGGAGGUGGCCGGCACGGCACAAGGAGGAGUCAACUACGAUAAGUUGGUGGACCAAUUUGGGUGCCAACGCAUCGACGCCGCGCUCGUUGACCGCAUCACGCGCCUUACAUCCAGACCGCCGCAUCGCUUCCUCCGCCGUGGGAUCUUCUUUGCCCAUCGCGAUUUGAACCAGAUAUUGGACCUGUACGAGCAGGGGGGAAAGUUCUACCUCUACACGGGAAGGGGACCCUCCUCGGAGUCACUGCACCUUGGCCACCUUGUCCCCUUCAUGUUCACAAAGUACUUGCAGGAUGCCUUCAAGGUGCCUGUAGUGAUACAGUUAACCGAUGACGAGAAGUUCCUCUGGAAGGACUUGUCUAUUGCGGAAUCUAAACGGCUUGCCCGUGAAAAUGCCAAAGACAUCAUAGCUUGCGGGUUUGACGUUGAAAGAACUUUCAUUUUCUCAGAUUUUCAAUAUGUUGGAGGUCCCUUCUAUGAAAAUAUGAUGCAAGUUGCAAAGAGUGUGACAUUUAAUACUCUUAGAGGCACUUUCGGAUUUACUCCAGAAGAUCACAUAGGAAAGUGUUGCUUUCCUCCUGUGCAAGCUGCUCCAUCAUUUGCUUCGUCAUUUCCCCAUUUCUUUGGGGUUAAUGACCAGCCGCGGUGCCUUAUUCCAUGUGCAAUAGACCAGGAUCCUUAUUUUAGAUUGACUCGUGAUGUUGCUCCUAAAAUGGGUUAUCCGAAACCUUCACUUAUUGAAUCAAAGUUUUUCCCUGCUCUUCAGGGGGAGUGUGGUAAAAUGUCUGCCAGUGACCCGACUAGUGCAGUAUAUCUGACAGAUAAACCUAAAGUAAUUAAAGAAAAGAUUAGGAAAUAUGCUUUCUCUGGUGGCCAGUCCACCACGGAGCUCCAAAGGAAAUAUGGAGCAAACCUCGAUGUUGAUGUCUGUAUCAAAUAUUUAAAUUUCUUCCUUGAAGAUGACGCUGAGUUUGAGCACAUAAAGAAGGAAUACAAAGUUGGGAAUAUGCUAACAGGCGAAUUGAAAGACCGUGUCGUUGGCGUUCUAUCGAAGAUAGCAUUAGCACAUCAGAAUGCUAGAGCUCAAGUGACCGAGGAGAUGGUUGAUGCAUACAUGUCUGCUAGUCCUCGUCCCAAUAUGUUUGGGACCCAUUCUGAUUAUGUGAAAUCGUAA